AUGGAUGUGGACAAGUGGGUGGGACAGGGAGACGCCCUGCUAAACUGUGACCAUCACCCAUCAAAGAUAUUGGAGCUGCUUUGUGAAGACCACGCUGAGAUGUGUUGUAAUCUCUGCGUAUCACUAAACCACAGGAUGUGCCGAAGCAUCAGCAUGAUAUCAGACCUAGCCAGGGACAUACACAAGAUGACCGACUUCAAGCAGCUCCCUGCCAAAGUAGCCAAGGUAUUGGCAAGCCUUAAUCAAGUGGGUGAGGCCAGAAAGAAGAACCAGAGCUCGCUGAAGGCUUCAGGGAAGUCCAUCCUAACAAAGAUCAAGAACCUGAGGAAAACACUAAACAAGCUAUUAGAUGAGAUAGAGAAGAAGACAGUGGAAGCGAUGGACAGUGUCCUGGUUGAUCUGGAUGGGUCAAUACAGAAGGAUAUUGACCAGAGUGUCCACUUACAUGAUCAACUAGAGGCCUUAAUGGACACAAUCCAAACCCGGGGUGAUGACAGCGAGUCCAGUUCCUACAUUGGCUACAGAAGAUGCCAGGACAAGAUUGCAGAGGUCAACAGCCUGCUUAAGCAGAUGUCGACCAGACCAGAGGCGACUAUCACAUUCCAGCCUGACACACAAUCUGAACAACUACUGUCUGAACUGAAGACACUGGGAUACAUCGAGGGCAUAACUGGUAUUACAGAACUUCCAGGAGGAGAGAUUGUUCUUGUAGACAAUAGAAAUUGUAAAGCAAAGGUGCUAAACAGCAUGUACAAGGUCACAACCCUCUGUGAUCUCCCAGAGUUUCCAUGGGACAUCUGCCACAUCUCAAAUUCUACAGUUGCUGUAACUGUUUCCUGUGCUAAACCUGUCAGAUGUGAAAUCCACUUUCUCACGGUGUCCACUGACACAAUCAAGAUGACCAGUAAGUUCUCAGUUGACCAUCCCUGUCGCUCCAUCAGGCACCACCAGGGUCAGCUGUAUGUAGGCUCCAGCAAUGUCCUGUAUCUCUACACCACAGCUGGCAGGCUGAUUGAUAAAGAAGGAAAAAAGAAGCUGACCACACUGUUCAGGAAGAAUGAUAGCAUGAACCAGCCACGCGCAGCCUGGUACAGCACCCGCACUGGCAGGCUUAUCAUUGCUGGAAACCAGGAUGACAUUCUGGUGGCAGAACUCAAGUAG